AUGGCCGCGGGGAGGGAAGACAAUGGGAAGCCCCCGUCCUCCGCCCCGUCCCGGCCCAGACCCCCGCGGAGGAAGCGGAGAGAGUCCACCUCGGCCGAAGAGGACAUCAUUGAUGGAUUUGCCAUGACCAGCUUUGUCACUUUUGAAGCGCUGGAGAAAGAUGUAGCACUUAAGCCUCAGGAACGUGUGGAGAAACGCCAGACCCCUCUGACAAAGAAGAAACGAGAAGCACUUACCAACGGCUUGUCCUUUCAUUCCAAGAAGAGCCGCCUCAGCCACCCACAUCACUACAGCUCAGAUCGAGAAAAUGACCGCAAUCUCUGCCAGCACCUCGGGAAGAGAAAGAAGAUGCCAAAGGGACUCAGACAGCUCAAGCCAGGACAGAACAGCUGCAGGGACAGUGACAGUGAAAGCGCCAGUGGAGAAUCCAAGGGUUUCCACAGGAGCAGCUCUCGGGAAAGACUCAGCGAUAGUUCAGCUCCUUCCAGUUUGGGAACAGGCUACUUCUGUGACAGCGACAGUGACCAAGAAGAGAAGGCAUCAGAUGCCAGCUCUGAAAAACUCUUCAAUACCGUUAUUGUAAACAAAGAUUCGGAGUUGGGUGUUGGCACACUUCCUGAACACGACAGCCAGGAUGCAGGGCCGAUCGUCCCCAAGAUAUCUGGUCUAGAGAGAAGCCAGGAGAAGAGCCAGGACUGUGGCAAAGAGCCGAUCUUUGAGCCCGUGGUGCUGAAAGACCCCUGCCCGCAGGUCCCGCAGCCGCCACCCCAGCCCCAGGCAGAGCCCCAGCCCAGAGCUCCCGCUCAGGACCCUGACUCUGUGCAGCGCCCAGAGGCCCCGCCUCAGCCCCCACGUCCGAGCACACAGCCACCUCAGGCGCCCCCCGAGGCCCAGCUUCCACCGGCCCCCAAGCCUCCCGUGCAGAGGCCGCCCCGGGUGCAGUCCCCCCAGCUGCUGCACCAGAGCCUGCCCCCCGUGCAGGCCCACCCUGCCUCCCAGAGCCUGCCCCAGCCCCUGUCGGCCUACAACAGCAGCAGCCUGAGCCUCAACAGCUUAAGCAGUAGCAGAAGCAGCACUCCAGCCAAGACUCAGCCGGCCCCUCCUCACAUCUCCCACCACCCCUCAGCCUCCCCGUUCCCCCUCUCACUGCCCAACCACAGUCCACUGCACAGCUUCACGCCCACCCUCCAGCCCCCCGCACACUCCCAUCACCCCAAUAUGUUUGCCCCUCCCACUGCUCUGCCUCCUCCACCACCGCUGACAUCAGGGAGUCUGCAGGUCCCCGGACACCCGGCCGGGAGCACUUACUCAGAGCAAGACAUCCUGCGACAGGAACUGAACACGCGCUUCUUGGCCUCUCAGAGUGCUGACCGUGGGGCCUCCCUGGGCCCGCCGCCCUACCUGCGCACCGAGUUCCACCAGCACCAGCACCAGCACCAGCACACGCAUCAGCACACGCACCAGCACACCUUCACGCCGUUCCCUCACGCCAUCCCGCCCACCGCCAUCAUGCCGACGCCAGCACCUCCCAUGUUUGACAAAUACCCUACAAAAGUUGACCCAUUCUACCGGCACAGUCUCUUCCAUUCCUACCCUCCUGCGGUGUCGGGCAUCCCCCCUAUGAUUCCACCCACUGGCCCUUUUGGUUCACUACAAGGAGCAUUUCAGCCGAAGACAUCCAACCCCAUCGAUGUGGCUGCUCGACCUGGGACAGUCCCGCACACUCUGCUUCAAAAGGAUCCGAGGUUGACAGAUCCUUUCAGACCUAUGUUAAGGAAACCAGGGAAGUGGUGUGCGAUGCAUGUGCACAUCGCCUGGCAGAUCUACCACCACCAACAGAAAGUCAAGAAACAGAUGCAGUCAGACCCACAUAAACUGGACUUCGGACUGAAACCCGAGUUCCUGAGCCGUCCUCCAGGCCCCAGCCUCUUCGGAGCCAUCCACCACCCCCACGACCUGGCACGGCCUUCGACCCUGUUCUCUGCCGCAGGUGCUGCACACCCCACAGGGACCCCUUUUGGGCCGCCGCCUCAUCACAGCAACUUCCUCAACCCUGCUGCUCACCUCGAGCCUUUCAACCGGCCGUCUACGUUCACUGGCCUGGCAGCAGUUGGUGGCAACGCCUUCGGGGGACUUGGAAAUCCUUCAGUUACACCCAACUCAAUGUUCGGCCACAAGGAUGGCCCCAGUGUGCAGAACUUUAGCAACCCUCACGAGCCCUGGAACCGGCUGCACCGAACGCCUCCGUCGUUCCCGACCCCUCCGCCCUGGCUGAAGCCGGGGGAGCUGGAGCGUGGCGCGUCCGCUGCAGCUCAUGACAGAGAUAGAGACGUAGAUAAACGAGACGCACCUGUUAGUAAAGAUGACAAAGAAAGGGAAAGUGUGGAGAAGAGACACUCCAGCCACCCUUCACCAGCACCUGUCCUCCCGGUGAGCACCCUGGGACACACCCGCGGCUCCUCUGAACAGAUCAGGGGUCAUCUGAACACUGAGGCUCGCGAGAAAGACAAAUCCAAAGAGAGGGAGAGGGACCACUCGGAGUCCCGCAAGGACCUGACCGCGGAGGAGCACAAGGCGAAGGAGGGCCACCUGCCCGAGAAGGACGGCCACGGCCAGCGCAGGCCCAACAGCACCUCUAGCCGCGAGGCUGAGCAGCGCAAGAGCGAGCCGGCCUACGAGAACCCCAAGAAGAGCUCAGAGGUUAAGGUGAAGGAGGAGCGCAAGGAAGACCACGACCUCCCCGCGGAGGCUGCGCAGACCCACCGGUCCUCGGAGCCGCCGCCUCCCCACUCCUCGUCCAGCGUGCACCCGGGGCCCCUGGCCUCCAUGCCCAUGGCAGUGGGGGUGACGGUCCACUGGGACCCCAUUCGGGACCCUCUGAGGGAUCCCUACCGAGAACUUGACAUUCACCGGAGAGACCCACUGGGCAGGGACUUUCUGCUGAGGAACGACCCCCUCCACCGUCUCUCGACCCCCCGGCUGUACGAAGCUGACCGCUCCUUCAGGGACAGGGAGCCCCACGAUUACAACCACCACCACCCCCACCAGCUGUCCGUGGACCCGCGGCGGGAGCACGAGCGGCGCCUGCACAUGCUCCGGGAGGACUACGAGCACUCGCGGCUGCACCCCGUGCACCCCGCCUCGCUGGACGGACACCUGCCACACCCCAGCCUCCUCACGCCGGGGCUCCCCAGCAUGCACUACCCCCGAAUCAGCCCCACCGCGGGGCACCAGAACGGACUCCUCAACAAGACCCCUCCCACCGCCGCGCUGAGCGCGCCGCCCCCACUCAUCUCCACGCUGGGGGGCCGCCCGGUCUCCCCCAGAAGGACUACUCCUCUGUCGGCAGAGAUGAGGGAGAGGCCGCCCUCCCACACGCUGAAGGACAUCGAAGCGCGAUAAGGAGAGAACAGGCCACGGGAGAGGAGGCCCAACAGCGCCAGACCCGGAGCGGAGGGAGUCAGCGGGCGCCCGCGUCCCUGAUGGACGGCGAGGCAGGGGCCCAGCUCUCCCUGUAAACAAUGUAUAGACUCAGUGCAGAUUUUGAAAUGUUUUUGUAUAUUAUAUGUUGAAAUUUUUCAGCUAUUUUAGCCAAGUCAUAUGUUCUCAUGUGUCCAACCCUUUUGGUUUCUCGUAUAAAACUUUUUGAUUUGAACCAAAACAGUGAAGAUGACAACACACACUGAUGUGUUCAUUGGGGAGAAAACAGACAGCAGUCCGCACGAGCCACCGUGCAAGCUCUUUCAGAGGAGAAGGGAAGGCCUUGUACAUAGUUGUGUAAAAAAGAUUGCUUCAUGAGCUAAGGGUUCAUAUAUGCAAAAGGGUAAGAUGAAAGCUUUACUUUGUACAAAUGUAAAUAGGUAAAGAUUAAGUAACAUAAUACAUUAAUACUUCUUAAAAUGUGCUCUUUGCAAACUUAAUCUCAGCGAACACGGUCCGUGCGGCUGUGUUCCCCUGUAUUGUUAGAGACAGCUAAACCCUUCAACUAUGCAAUGAAUGUUCAGGCUUUUCACAAAAGCCCGCCCAACUCAAAGGAGCCUUUUCAGAUCCAUUUACAACAUACUUAAGGUCAUAUUUUCCCUGAACAAGCGCUUAUGUGAUAGGACUCUGUUUUCCUUGCUUAUUUUUUCAAAUAGAGAAACAUCCUCUUUUGCAAAUUGGACCCCAGGCCGAAAUUUUGGCUCUAAAGUUGCUGCUUGUGGGCUCCUGGGGCAGAGUGUGUCCCCAGAGAGGUCAGAGGCCAUGAGCAGCCAGUGCCGGGGAGGCCAGGAGUGGUCAGAUGCCAAAAUCAGGGGACACGAACAGGUUGCCAGCAUCUCACCACCAUCAGUCAUGUGAUUUCACACAUACCUCAUGUGGGAACCAUGCGUUUUUUUAGUGUGUCCUAUUUCCUACCCAUACACACUUCCUCGUUUUGUCAUGAGAUUCAGUCACACCCAAACAGAUCCUGAAAGAAAGCUUUGAGUUUUCUCAGAUGAUGGAUAUGUUUUCACUAUUCAGUAACCAACAGAUCAAAAGGGCACAUUUCCUAAUGUGACUCCCUGUAGUCUAGUCAGUGAUAAAGUCUGGGAGCGGCCUCGCACAGCCACGGAGCGGAGCGUUUCCAAGGGUGGAAGGUGGCUGAGACAAAGUCCUGUGUGUGCGUGUGUUUUUAAGUUUGCAUCAAUCUUAAUGUCUCCUCAUAAUACUUUUAUAAUACAUUAAGCCUCUUGUCUACAUAUUUGGAGAGAAUAUGACUUUACUAGCAGAGAAAUACAAUAUAUCUUGUCUACUGGACUGUAAAAUAUAUGUACGAAAUAAAAUUAGUUCCAUUGGUCUUCUAGUAUAUUAAAGUGCUAUCUGACGUUGUUAUCCUGUUUUUGGAGAAAAAAAAAGUUAACUACAGACCAUUGUUUCUAAUAAGCAGAGAGAUCUAUUUUAGUAGUAAACUGAAGGUUUAGUUGUGAGCUUCAGAAUUUUGUGAACUCCAGAUGUUGUGCAGUGGUUUUUUUUUGGCUUUUUUUUUUUAAGACAACUAAAAAGGAAAAAGAAUCCAAGGACUAUGUACACUGGAACUGUAGUGGUAGCUUCAGUAUUGUAAAGAGAUUGUUCUAUACGGACCUUUGCUGUUUCUCCUGUAUGUAAUAAAGUCCUUUCUAGACCCUAUGUGAACAGAAAAGUGAAGCGACUGACUUCAGCAUGUUCUCAGCGGCGGAGCCUUCUUGUGUAAUGUAAACUGUGCCAUGUUAUUAAAAAAUGUGAACGAA